CCCGUUUCUCUCCCUUCUUCGGUUUCGGUCUCUCACUCUACCACCAGUCGCUUCAGACCUCUAACCCACCACCUACUGCGGGCGACCUUCGUUACCCCGAACCUUGCCUUCAUGGCUGCCGACUCUCGAUCCCUGAGGCCUGUCGGUAGCAACCGAACGGCCCAUAUUGCGUAUACAGCGAGACAACUUGAGGCAGGAAAUAUCGAAAAACGCACAUCCUCCCAACCCCGGCCGGGGGGCACCGAAGACGAACUGUUGUUCCAACCGCGGAGCGUCCGCUUCUGGCUGACGCUGCUGUGUAACUUCCUCGCGCUCUUUCUCGUUGCCCUCGACCGAACAAUCAUUGCCACGGCAGUCCCACGCAUCUCGGACGAAUUCCAGGCCUUGGGGGAUAUCGGCUGGUAUGGCUCUGCAUACAUGUUGACGACAGCCUGCGCCCAGCUGCUUUUCGGCCGCAUCUACAAAUUCUACGAUAUGAAGUGGUCUUUUAUUUCCAGCGUCGUCGUCUUCGAGAUCGGAUCCGCGAUAUGUGGAGCGGCUCCCAAUUCGACCGCCUUCAUCGCCGGCCGUGCCAUCGCCGGUCUUGGCUCGGCCGGCAUCUUCUCCGGUUGCCUCCUAAUCAUGAUCCCCAUGAUCCCGUUGCACCGCCGCCCGCUUUUUCAGUCCAUGUUCGGUAUGGUUUUCGGCCUCGCCUCCGUUAUGGGACCCUUGAUAGGUGGCGGGUUCACAGGCAAAGUCACCUGGCGAUGGUGUUUUUAUAUCAACCUCCCGAUCGGCGCCGCGACCCUAAUCUUCAUGGCCUUUUGUUGGAACCCGCCAAAGGAGGAACAUAAACCGGCCACGUUCGUCGUUCACGUCAAACGGUUGGAUCCCCUGGGCAUGAUUUUCUUCCUACCCGGAGUCGUCUGCCUCUUCAUCGCAUUCCAAUGGGGUGGCUCGACGUACGCCUGGAGCGAGUGGCGCAUCAUCCUGCUGCUCGUUGUAUCCACAGCCUGCACGUCGGCGUUUAUUGCUGUUCAGAUCUUGAAGCCCGACACCGCCUCCAUACCCCCAAAGAUCAUCAUGCAGCGGAGCGUUGCAUUCGGCACCGGCUACACCUUCUUCCUGGCAGGGUCUAUGUUGAUGUUGGUGUACUACGUACCAGUCUGGUUCCAAACCGUCAAGCAAGUCGAUCCCGUGCAAUCGGGCAUCGACACACUCCCUCUUGUACUGAGCCUAGUCGUCUCAAGCGUUUUAUCCGGCGGCAUCACGCAGAGGAUGGGCUACUAUGUCCCGUCGAUGCUGGUCGCCCCCGCAAUCAUGUCGGUUGGCGAGGGUCUCCUGAGCACGCUCCACCGUAACAGCCCGAGUUCACACUGGAUUGCCUUCCAGUUUCUCUCCGGUUUUGGUCUAGGGUUUGGGAUGCAGACGGCCGGCCUUGCCAUCCAAACCGUCCUACCAAAAGAGGACGUUAGCACAGGCAUCGCGAUCAACUUCUUUGUCCAGCAACUUGGCGGGGCCGUCUUUACGUCCGUAGGGCAAACUAUCCUGACAAACAUGCUGGUUUCACGACUUUCCGCGCUCCCGGGAUUGAACCCCAAGCUCAUAGUGACCGAGGGCGCGACAAAACUGUCCAAGUUGGUCCGGCCGGAAGAUGUUCACAUGGUCGUCGAAGCCUACAGCGACGCCUGCCGGACCAUCUUCUUGGCGUCUAUGGGUCUGGCAUUCGCAGCCUUAUUUUGCGCAUGUGGCAUGGAAUGGAAAAGCAUGAAGAAGGGCAGGAACAAGUCCAAUAUACCUGCGCCGCCUCCCCCUCCAACGCCCCCCGCCUUGCUGGGGCCGUCCUCCUCCGGAGCAAGUAUUUCUGACGGCCCGAACUGGCCUCUCCCCGGAAAGCCAUUCUUUGUUGAGGACGCCAAGGGUCGUGAGAAGCCUGGAUCGCCACGACGCAGCACGACCAAGCCAAAAUCACGAGAUGGUCGGAGGGAUGACAAACGGAGAGACGACAAGUGGAGAGAUGACAAGCGGGGAGACGCCAAACGCCAGGCCGUGUCCGAGGCUAGGAAACAGGGCGUUUUGACGAAGCCGGCUCCGAGCCAUAGGCCGAGCUCCAGCCAUAGACGAAACCCAGGCACGGAUAUCAGUAAGGAGGAUAUGCUGGCGAUAGCACUCCGCGACUGGUCUGAAUUCGCGAAGGCGCAUGGAGUGAGGGAUGAAAGACAGAAACAUGAUGCUGCGUAAACGUUCGCGGAUGGUUCGAAACAAGGCAUUAUAAGUGUGGCGGGGGAGUCUUACAAGCGUAUUGUGCAUUCGGGAUAUCAACCUGAUGCCUUUCAUGGCGGGUUUUCUUGUUCCAUCCGGCUCGGCGUUGGCGGCGUUGCAGUGUGUCAUUGACGGAAUUGUGUCAUUGAAGGAAUAUAUCGGCGCAUAAUUGGGAAGGGAAAGUCCGAAAGCGUUCUCGGUCACUUUGAUAUAGAGACAUAUGUUAGUUGUUGUGUGGCAUCACUUUAUUUGCGCCCCUUGAACAAAC